AUGUCGUUUCCAGGCUUUGGCCGCAACACCGCCUACGGCCCUGAUACCGGCCCUCCACCACCCCGGGCCCCAUACGGUGCUGGACCUAACUUUGGGCCUAUGUACCCGCAGCAGGCGGCGGCUUACUACCCGGCCUACCAACAACCACAACAGCCUUACUGGCAAACAUACAGCCAGCCGCCCGUGAUGGCCGGGCAGGCUAUUUCUGGCCCUGCGGGUUACUUUGGCAAUACCGUCCAUCCCAACAAGUACGACAGCGUCGGCCGAUAUCCUGCGGGUGUCCCAGUCAUCGAGCCCAAGAUUCCGUCCAUCAACAUGACCAACUCGACCGGUGGCGUCGGGUGCGAGCCCGGAUACCAUUACAUGUUCCACUUUUCCCACACCAAGAUUCAUGUGCUCCUGACGGGUGAGGACCCGCCAUGGAACCUGACAGCAAAUUUCGCCAUGGACUUUUACGCGGUCCACGUUCCAACCAACACCACGAUUGGUGAUCUCAUGAAGGGAUUUGGCGCCGUUAACCCAAAGGCGGAGCUCAACAAGAUUUUUGAGGUCCAUGAGGGUGAAGGUGGCAAGUGGUACAAGGGCAUGUCGUUCAAGGGCGACGAUGACAAGGCGAUGAGCAAGACCAUCAAGGAGCUCGGCUGGGAUGACACACGCAACGGACAGCCGGAUGGCAAGCCGCCUGUGUGGCUCUACGUUGUGAAGGGCUAA